AUGUGUUUUUUUAUUCCAUUCCAGUAUCGGAGAUCUCAAUCAGAAGGUGUUUCAUGUAUCAGUAGCUUAGGAGCUGAAUACGAGCAAAGGAAACGAGAACUCUUACUAGCACGCAACAGGGACUACAAGGAAUAUUUGGCGAAGCAAAAAUCUUUGGAGCAAAAAUCUAAAAUAAAACGGAAAUAUGACAGUGAUUACGCCGACUCUGAUGCAUAUAGUACAUCAGGCUUUACCAAUGCGACAGCUACUCAGACUCAGACCAGGAAUAGAUUUGAAACGCAGGAAACGAGUACCCGUCAGAAGAAAUGCACAAUCGCUGUACAAACAGAGCCAUUACGCUCGUUAACUUUCAACGAAAGAUCUCGCAACAGGCCAGCUUAUCGUAAUAGGAGCCUAGAUUUAAUAUCUUUUGGUGGAGGCGAUUCUCAUGAUAGGGAAAAUGAUGUAGAUGGUUCCGAGCAUGUGAUGUCAGUUUUGAGGCCAAUUCAUGAUGAACGAUCGUUGAUCCGGCAUCCAAAAGCUUUAUCCAAGAGAAAAAUGAUCGAACAACUACGUUCUUCUUACUAUCCUAGCUUUGGAGACUCUUUUGAAACGCCAGAAGAAAGAAAAAUUCGUUUAGCUAAGGAAGAAGCUAGAAAACGUGAAAUUUACCAGAUGGAAUUGAGUGAACAAAUAAGAGAAAAACGCCUGGAAAUGGAAGCCAAGCAGCGCAAAGAAAUGGAGGAAGAAGAAGCGUUGGCUAGAAGGCUUGAAGCACAAAUUCAGAACAUGCAGAUGGAGCGUGAUCUGGAACUUUUGUCACAAGAAAACAGAAAGGAAAAGAUGAGAAAGAAUUCUAUAAGGUUCAACGAAAGAAAGAAACAGCUCCAACUAGAAGUUGAACAAGAAAAAGAAAGAUUACGUCAAGCGCGAAAAUCAUGUCCCCAUAACACACAACAACCGACAACAUCUUUUGUUCCAACGAGGUCUAAAUCCCCUCCUAUACCGGCUUUGAAGAACAAACUCUUACCGUUUUCUACAAAUAUUGAUUCUGAUUCUGUCUUUGCAAAUUCACUAACGAAAGAUACAGAAUCUCUAGCAGAACAAAUUCAUAAACUCAGUAUCCCAAAGUCAAAAGAAAUUACAUAUAAACAUUUUGAAACUAACAGUACAAUUAGUGAAGAUUAUGCGAGCAAAGUUGCUUCAUGGGAUAUUUCAAAUGGUUAUCGAGAUGACAGGAAUGACAAUAAUAAGAGAUCAGUUUCUGAAGACAGUGGUAGCCGCAGUAAUUCAGACAGUGAAUUUACAGGAAACAAGAAGCAGAGCUAUUCUGAGAGUUCUGUUAAUGAAGACGAUACUCACGAUGAUGAAAAUUGUUUAACUAAAAUACUUUCUGAUGAAAAACUAGCUACAAAUAGUAUUUUAACACAGCUUGGCGCAAUUAGGCGCCAGUUGCAAAUGACUCAAAUAGAAUUGGAUGAACGGCAAUCGAAGUCAUAAGUAAAUUUGUCAUUUUGAACGCUUUUAUUACAUAUAUAUAAAUAUUUUCAGAUCUAUAUAAGAUUUUAAAAAUCUUCAAUUGACUAAAAAAUUUAGUAUCAAAAAUGUAUACGCAAAAUCAUGUUAAACAAAAUAUUAAAAUCGUAAGAACGCCUCUAAACGUGGACCAUGCCUUCCUAAAGGAUCCAUUGGAAACAUUAAAAAAUUUUGUACCCAUGUAAACAUCAACAGUCUGUGAAGAAAAUAGGUUUGCAUAAAAUGUGAAUAAACAGAAAACAAUAUUAUUUUUA